UAUAUACAUACACCAAUUACAUCAAUCAAUCAAUCAAAUUCUUUCUAUUCAAACUUUUCGUUCGCAACCCCACCGGAAAACCAAUAUGUCCGUCAGACAGAGGCCUUCAAUCUCCCAGCAGCCGUCCGUAUCCCUAACAACCACAGGAGGCACCACAAACAACGCCCCGGAAACCCCGAAAUCGCCUUCAAGACCGCCGUCGUUAUCCCAACGAGCAAUCUCUCAAACCCUAACAACCACUGCAAAUUUAGCCAACCUUCUCCCCACAGGCACUCUACUCGCCUUUCAGCUUCUCACACCUAUUUUCACCAACAAUGGCGCCUGCGAUAACGCCACACGCCCCAUGACGCUCUUCCUCCUCCUCCUCCUCGCCGUGUCUUGCUUCCUCGCCUCCUUUACCGACAGUGUCAAGUCAUCAGAUGGGCAGGUCUACUACGGACUCGCGACGACCAAAGGGCUGUUCUUGUUCGAUUAUCCAGACCCCUCAGGAGUUGGACUCCCGGAUUUGAGCAAGUAUAAAAUCAGGUUCAUUGAUGGAGUUCAUGCUGUUCUGUCUGUGCUUGUUUUUGGUGCCUUCGCUUUGAGGGACAAGAAUGUGUUGACCUGCUUUUAUCCGACGCCGGAUCGUGAAAUUCAGGAGGUUCUGAACAUUCUUCCGGUAGGAGUGGGACUAAUUUGCAGCUUGUUGUUCAUGGUUUUCCCCACGAGGAGACAUGGAAUCGGGUAUCCGAUUACGCCAGGCAGAUAAUAAUUUCAUUAAUUAGAAUUUUAGUUUCUGUAAUUUUUCUUUUGAGUUGUGAUUAUUGUUGAUUGUUUAACCUUGUUGAUUAAUAGACGGAAGAAGGAAGACUUUGUCAUCAAGAAAAUUAAUUAAUGUGUUUAAUUUUGUAAGGGUUAUACAUUUAUUUUAUUCUGUAUAUUAAUAUUUAA